AUGACGCAGAUGCAGAAGCUCAACCUAGGAAGUGGCCUGGGCCAACAUGACGCAGAACCAGAAGCGUUGGAGGAACGUGACGCUGACGCAGAAACUUGGGUAGUGUUUGGAUCCGAAUCCGGUUUGACCUGGGUCAAUCCGGAUAAAGUGCAAUUAUCCGGCAAUUACCUGAGUAAUACCUGGGUAAUAUGUCAACAUAAAACGGAUACUCAUAGAUACUCGAGUAUACCCGAAUUGUAUCUGGGUAAACGGGUAACGGGUCGCAGCUCUACUUCGCAGACUUCAACUUUCGUCAUGAUAGUAAAUGCAAUGGAUCGAAAAUGUAAAAACAGAGAGAAAGAAACUUCUGAUCAACGUGAACUUCGUCAUGUCUACUGUAUGAAAUAUAAACAUAAGAAAGGACUACAGAAUAGCAUAAAAAUUAAAAUGAUUAGAGAUCAACCUCAUGAAAUUGGUUUCUAUUUUCCUGUGAUAACAAAAAAUUAA